AUGGUCUCUAGAAUGAAAAACUAUGGUCUGCAGAUUGAAAAACUAUCAUCUCUUGCAAAAUCCUGUCCUCCAAAGGACGACAAGCAAUUCAUGAUGCCAUCAUCGACCGAAUUACCACCACAACACUUUGCAGCACAGCAGCAGCAACCACAACAACAACCAUUGACUCCUCCAUUGCAAAUGAAACAAGAGUAUCUACCUACCAGCAUGACACCUCCUCCUACACUUGCAGGCCUACAUCAUCUCAACAACAACGCGUCUACGCCUACGCUCCCAAGCAUGCAUUCGACAUCGCCCGUGUCGCCUCGAACAGCAACAACACCCUCGCCGGGCAGUUCACGUAGCUCAGCGUCGGUCGUCAACCUCUCCGUAGGCGACCAACUGCUCGACCAUUCGCAUCUGAAGCCUGGCAACCAUGCAUCGCUCUUGUCGUAUGCGCAAACAAUCAACAUGUAUCGCGAGAAUGCGAAAAAGACAAACAGUCCGAGCGUCCAGUGUGAUUUUGCCAUCUUCAUGGUCGAAGCGGCUAAGCCAUUGACUGGACCUGAGGAGGAAACGACGCGUUGGGAAUACUUGAGCGAGGCAGAAAAGUUGUUGAAACAAUUAUCGUCGCGUGGACAUGCCGAGUCGCAGUAUUAUCUCGGAAAUCUGUAUGCUUCUGGAUUGUUGAACAAGAAGAACAACAACAAGAUUGACUUUGAUAAGGCGUUUCCUUUGUUCGUCCAGGCAACGAAACAUCAUCAUGCUGAUGCUGCAUACAGGGCAGCAAAGUGCUACGAAGAUGGACUUGGGUGUCGCAAGGAUAGACCCAAAGCCGUUCAGUUUUACAGAAAGGCGGCUACACAAAGCCAUCCAGCGGCCAUGUACCGUCUGGGCAUAGCAGAGUUAAAUGGCGAAUUGGGUAUUUCGAAAAACGCACGGGACGGGGUGAAAUGGCUGAAACGGGCAUCUGAGGCGGCGACCAGUGAAUAUCCGCACGCAGUCCACGAGCUGGGUGUGCUGCAUGAGAAGGGCAUUGACAAUGUCGUGUUUGUUGACCUGGAGUAUGCUGCUUCAUUGUAUGCACAAGCGGCCGAGUUGGGUUAUGCACCUUCGGCGUUUCGACUGGGCGAGUGCUACGAAUAUGGCAAACUCAAGUGUGCCCAAGACCCCGCCUUGUCGAUCCACUACUAUACAAUUGCUGCUCAGCAAGGGCACCGCGACGCUUGCUUUGCCCUCACCGCAUGGUAUCUCGUCGGCUCGCCCGGGAUUUUGCCUCAGUCAGACGAGCAGGCGUAUGUGUGGGCGCGGCGUGCGGCUGAAAAGGAAUUUCCCAAGGCUGAAUAUGCGGUGGGUUAUUUCACCGAGGUCGGAAUCGGCACCGUCAAAAACGCUCAAGAAGCCAUGGAGUGGUACAAGAAGGCAGCGGAACACGGGGAUAAACGGGCAAUCCAGCGACUUCAAGGCAAGGUCCAAGGCGGUAAAUCGAAUAAAAAGAAGAACGGUGACGACUGUGCCAUCAUGUAG